AUGCAGUUAGGGGAGCAGCUCUUGGUGAGCUCGGUGAACCUGCCCGGAGCGCACUUCUACCCGCUGGAGAGUGCGCGAGGGGGCGGCAGUGGGAGCGCAGGACACCUCCCGGGCGCGGCCCCCUCGCCUCAGAGGCUGGACUUAGACAAAGCAUCCAAGAAGUUCUCGGCCAGUCUCUCCUGCGAGCCGGGGAGCGGGGAGCCAGCAACCGCCAGCGCGGGGGGCCCCGCGGCCAUGCUAAGUGACGCCGACGCCGGGGACGCCUUUGCCAGCGCCACGGCAGUGUCCAAGCCAGGGCCCCCGGACGGCCGCAAGGGCUCCCCCUGCGGGGAGGAGGAGCUGCCCUCCGCCGCUGUCGCCGCCGCGGCUGCUGCCACCGCGCGCUACUCCAUGGACAGCCUGAGCUCGGAGCGCUACUACCUGCAGUCCCCCGGGCCUCAGGGCUCUGAGCUAGCUGCGCCCUGUUCGCUCUUCCCGUACCAGGCGGCGGCCGGGGCGCCCCAUGGAUCUGUGUACCCGGCUCCCAACGGGGCGCGCUACCCCUACGGCUCCAUGCUGCCCCCCGGCGGCUUCCCCAGCAGCGGCCCAGGCACCUAUCAGUACAGCCAGGGGGCUCCGCUCUACGGACCGUACCCUGGGGCGGCAGCGGCCGGAUCUUGCGGAGGAUUGGGGGGCCUGGGGGUUCCCGGUGCCGGCUUCCGCGCCCACGUCUACCUGUGCAAUCGGCCUCUGUGGCUCAAAUUCCACCGUCACCAAACUGAGAUGAUCAUUACGAAACAGGGCAGGCGCAUGUUUCCUUUCUUGAGCUUCAACAUAAACGGACUCAAUCCCACCGCCCACUACAACGUGUUCGUGGAGGUGGUGCUGGCGGACCCCAACCACUGGCGCUUCCAAGGGGGCAAGUGGGUGACCUGCGGCAAAGCCGACAAUAACAUGCAGGGCAACAAAAUGUAUGUUCACCCAGAGUCUCCUAAUACUGGUUCCCACUGGAUGAGACAGGAAAUUUCCUUUGGGAAAUUAAAACUCACCAAUAACAAAGGCGCAAAUAACAACAACACCCAGAUGAUAGUCUUACAGUCUUUACACAAAUACCAACCACGACUGCACAUCGUUGAAGUCACAGAGGAUGGCGUGGAAGACUUGAAUGAGCCCUCAAAGACCCAGACCUUUACCUUCUCAGAAACACAAUUCAUUGCAGUGACUGCCUACCAAAACACUGAUAUUACUCAACUAAAGAUUGAUCAUAACCCCUUUGCAAAAGGCUUCAGGGACAACUAUGAUUCCAUGUACACCGCUUCAGAAAAUGACAGGUUAACUCCAUCUCCCACGGAUUCUCCUAGAUCCCAUCAGAUUGUCCCUGGAGGUCGGUACGGCGUUCAGUCCUUCUUCCCGGAGCCCUUUGUCAACACUUUACCUCAAGCCCGAUAUUAUAAUGGCGAGAGAACCGUGCCACAGACCAACGGCCUCCUUUCACCCCAACAGAGCGAAGAGGUGGCCAACCCUCCCCAGCGGUGGCUUGUCACGCCUGUCCAGCAACCUGGGACCAACAAACUAGACAUCGGUUCCUAUGAAUCUGAAUACACUUCCAGCACCUUGCUCCCAUAUGGUAUUAAAUCCUUACCCCUCCAGACGUCCCAUGCCCUGGGGUAUUACCCUGAUCCAACAUUCCCUGCAAUGGCAGGGUGGGGAGGUCGAGGUUCUUAUCAGAGGAAGAUGGCAGCUGGACUACCAUGGACCUCCAGAACAAGCCCCCCUGUGUUCUCUGAAGAUCAUCUCUCAAAGGAGAAAGUCAAAGAGGAAAUUGGCUCUUCUUGGAUAGAGACACCCCCUUCCAUCAAGUCUCUAGAUUCCAAUGAUUCGGGGGUAUACACCAGUGCUUGCAAGCGAAGGCGGCUGUCUCCUAGCACCUCCAGUAAUGAAAAUUCUCCCUCCAUAAAGUGUGAGGACAUUAAUGCUGAAGAGUACAGUAAAGACACCUCCAAGGGCAUGGGGGGGUAUUAUGCUUUUUACACAACUCCCUAAAGAGUUAUUUUAACCUCAUAAAAAUUAGCUAACUUUUUGCAGAUGGACUUGGUGUUUUUUGUUGUCUUCUUUGCCUAGGUUGCCAAA